AUGAACGUUAUCACUAUGACAUGUUAUAAUCAAUACUCACAGCAGUUGGCACACGAACUGAUGAAGUCGGGGGUCUUCCAGAACUCGAGGGCGGUGCCAUUUGAGGCGGUGAAAUUGGUACCGGGCCUGAUCUUGACAUUUGUAAAGGCUUACCAUUACUAUUUGUCGGAGGUUGUCGGUGUCUUGCGGAUUGUGCUCGACCCGCUGACGUUUUCGGACGAGCCGAAGCAGUUGGAGGACGCUCCAUUGUCGUCGAUUUGUCGUAUUUGUUAG